UGGGUUUUAAAAAUCGAAAUUUCACCCAUAACAAAUUAACUGUUAAAGAAACAGUUAUGCAAGAUGUCUCUAUACAUAAUUGAUAGUACCAUCGGAAAUGUUUAAAAACACAGUUGUUCAGGUAUUGAACAUUCAUCAUUCCUAUUCGUGGAGUGUUGACUUUUUCACGAUUCUCGGAGCUGAUUUUGUGUGGUUUCUGGGUACGAUUCUCAGAGCUGACUUUGUGUGGUUCUUGGUGUCUUGUUUAUCCUACUGGGUUAUGGGAGAGGAUGGGGUGCGGGACAUCCAUAGAUGGACAAUCUCCGUCAUCUGAAAACACCCCCGCUCUCUGCCGGCCGGACCUGACCCCACGGCAGCAGGAGCUGGUCCUAUACAGCUGGGAUCUCAUUCAAAAGGACAUGCUGGUCACUGGUCUAGAAAUAUACGCCAAUUUUCUGAAGAAUUUAGAGUCGGAGAUUCUUCUCCUUUUUCCAAAAAUAAUUCAAACGGACGAAAACAAUGAAAAACUGACAGUGCACGAAGAAAACCUUCAGCAUCACGUGAUGAUCGUCAUGAAAGGGAUUGGAAAGGUGGUAGAUAACCUUGACAACCCUACACUAAUCCAAAGCUUCCUUAGUUACGUCGGCCAAAGACACGUGCAGAGUAACGUUAAGCCCCACAUGCUAGAGAGGCUUUGGUCGUCUAUUGAUGACAGCUUUCGGACCGUAUUACAGGAUGUUUAUACCCCGGAUGUUCGGACCGCAUGGAAAUGUGUUGUGGACUUUAUGAUCGAGAAAAUCGCAGAAUCGAUGGAAGAAGCUGAAAAGAAGCAGGACUUCCGGUUAGCGAAUGACAGAAAUUCCAGCUUUGCUCACUUGGCAGAUUAGGUCCAAUCCAGAUUUUAAUCCUUGCCGCACAAUUUAUCAAGCACCCUGUGAUUUAAUACAGUAGACUUAUAAGUAAUGAUUCAGAAUUCUUCACAUGCUGGCGUUAUUGGAAACACGAGUUUUAUAAAUGGUUUUGAUG